ACGCCAUGUGAUUGGUCGAGCCGCUGGUUUCGGUUUGUUGCUUUCAUGCCUAGUUUGCUACGGUGAAGAAAGCUGUCCAAUAGGGUGUGUGUUCUCGGUGUCUCGUGAACGCAGAUAAGAUGUCUCCUGCCUUGUAGGGGGCAGUACAGCAUGUCUCCAUUGUUGCUUUAUGUCGGCUCUGUCUAGGCUGAAUCCUUAACGACUUCCUUGGCCUAUACAGGCGAGCUAUAUAGGGUGCACUAUGUCCUUUACUAUGUAGUUGAUGUAGUGUCCUUUAAAUCUAACAGAGACGUGCAUUGGGACUGAGCCCUUCGUGUGGAUUAACGUCCUCGGCUCACGGCUCACGGCGGCAGUGCCCAUAUUAUAUUAGUAAAAUAAAGGAAAGAAAUACAGAGAAUAAAAUGACCAAGUUAGACGAGUUGAACGUGUUUCUGAACGAGAGACUGUCGGCGGCGGUAAACGAGAUCCUCGACACAGUGAGCAGGAUGAUGCAGGAGUACGAGGAGGAAGCGGCCCGGAUCCGCAAAGAGAACGACUAUCUGAAGGAGAUGUUAAAGGUUACAGGAUGCAGUUUGACGGAAACAAAUCCGGGUGAGGUCCCUACUGUGACUUUUGCAAGACAAGACGGCAUCUCAAGUUUACAGCAUGAAUCUGAGCCCCAGGAGAGCCAACACCUAGCAGCAAAGAAAGAAAACGCAAGCAUAAAAUCAGAACUUCCAACCCCCCAGUACCCUUCGCAUUCUGAUUUGGAGUCUGACGCCAGGACGAUAGACGACAACGCUGAACCUCCCCAGUGCACAUCUCUGUCAGACUCUCACGCCGUCGAUCAAGACGCAUUAGACUUCGACUUUCCUGUAAAAGUCAAAGUUGAGUCAAUGAAUAUACAAACACGUUCAAAUGACGCUAUGGACAAUAUGGACGUCAGCAACCACAGCUGGUCUCCGCACAACUGGGACCAGUUUUCAGAAAGAACUUCCCAGGCUAGGGUACAGCAAGGAGCCGGUCUGCAUCCGUACAGCAGUGAAAGUUCUCGUCCGGCAGAAAUUCAAAACCAGCCUGUAGAGUUACAAGCGGCGUUCAGCUACAUAAACCGGACCAUAUGCAAUAACAGGCUUCACUGUACCAGCAGAUACUGUGAGCUUCAGAAAAGGACCACGUCCAAGUCGAGUCCCGUGUGGCAGUAUUUCUCGCUGAAAGAGGGCGAUUGCAGUAAGGCGGUGUGUCUGAUGUGCAAGGCGGUAAUAUCUCGUGGAGUUAAAGAAUACACUACGUCAGCACUGUUAAAACACCUCCGUAUGAAACAUGGAAAAUGUUGAUCAACCUUUUUUGGUACUUUCGAACUCAUGAAUAAGUAUCCUUAAGCAGGUUUAUGACGGCAAAGCAACAAAUCAGACAUUAUCUGCAAAUGUAUAAAUGACACUAGUGUCUGAUGUAGCAAAUGAAAACUGUUCAUUAAAUUUGCAAUGCCACAUUCACUCAA